AUGGAAACAGAUAACCAGACAUGGGUGAGAGAAUUUAUUCUCCUCGGCCUGUCCAGUGACUUGUAUGUGCAGGUCUUUCUCUUUGUUUUGUUCUUAGUCAUGUACUUGGUGACAGUGCUGGGAAACUUCCUUAUUGUUGCUCUGAUCUGCCUGGACAGCAGACUCCACACUCCCAUGUACUUCUUUCUCACCAACCUCUCCCUUGUUGAUGUCUCUUAUGCCACAAGCAUCAUUCCUCAGAUGUUAGUGCAUCUUCUUGCAGAACAUAAAGCAAUCCCAUUUGUGAGCUGUGCAGCCCAGUUAUUUUUCUCUCUAGGCUGGGGUGGGAUUGAGUUUGUUCUACUGGCAGUGAUGGCCUACGACCGCUAUGUGGCUGUGUGCGACCCCCUGCGAUACUCGGUCAUCAUGCAUGGAGGGCUCUGUACCAGGUUGGCCAUCACAUCCUGGGUCAGUGGUUCUCUCAACUCUCUCAUUCAUACUGCCAUCACCUUUCAGCUGCCCAUGUGCAUAAACAAGUAUAUUGAUCACAUAUCAUGUGAAAUUUUAGCUGUGGUCAGACUGGCCUGUGUGGACACCUCCUCCAAUGAGAUCAUAAUCAUGGUUUCUAGCAUUGUCUUGCUGAUGACACCCUUCUGCCUGGUCCUCUUGUCCUACAUCCAGAUCAUCUCCACCAUCCUGAAGAUCCAGUCCACAGAGGGAAGAAAGAAAGCCUUCUACACCUGUGCGUCUCACCUCGCAGUGGUUGUCUUGUGCUAUGGCAUGGCCAUUUUCACUUACAUCCAGCCCCGCUCCAGCCCCUCUAUUCUUCAGGAGAAGUUGAUCUCUCUCUUCUAUGCCGUUUUGACACCCAUGUUGAACCCUAUGAUUUAUAGUGUAAGAAAUAAGGAGGUGAAGGGUGCCUGGCAGAAACUACUAGGGCAGUUAUCUGGAUUAACAUCAAAACUGGCAACUUGAUGAAUCCUGAGCAUUAGUUAGAGAAAGGAGCUUUGCCUGUGAGUUCUUUCACUUAACUCAGAUAUGGCAGGCAUCACCUGCAUUGUCCUA